UUCAGUUCCAUCCCCCAUUAAAGAUCCAUUGCCACCUCUCAACUAACUUCACCUUUUACAAUUAUUUAUUUAUUUAUUUUCUUAAAUUUAAACUAACCCUAUUUAUGAAUUUCUAGUCCAAUUCUUGACCAUGAAAAAAUCACCUUCAAAAGGUCUAGAAGCCAGUGUAUUAAAUUGUAGGCAGAUAGAUUGGGAACUUAGGCCUGGCGGCAUGCUUGUUCAAAAGAGAGAGGUCGGGGAUGGCUCUUCUGGACCCAUGAUCAAGAUCAAGGUCUCUCAUGGUUCCUAUCACUAUGAAGUCACUGUCCCUGCUCAAUCCACUUUCGGCGAUUUGAAGAAGGUACUUGUCCAUGAGGCGGGUCUGGAGGCUGAGGAGCAGAGACUGUUAUUUAGAGGAAAGGAAAAGGAGGACAAUGAAUGUUUGCACAUGGAAGGUGUAAAAGACUUGUCAAAGGUCAUACUUCUAGAGGACCCAGCUUGUAAAGAGAGGAAGCUUGAGGAGAUGAAGAAAAAUGAAGCAAUAUUAAAAGCCUGCGAAGCAGUUGCCAGAGUGAGGGCAGAGGUUGAUAAGCUUUCACAGAAGGUUGUUACAUUGGAGACAACUGUUAGCAGUGGCACUCUAGUUGCGGAAAAAGAAUUUAUUGUCUUGACAGAACUGCUAAUGGUGCAGUUGCUCAAAUUGGAUAUGAUCGAAGCUGAUGGAGAAGCAAAAGUACAGAGGCGGAUUGAGGUCCGCCGUGUCCAGAGCUUUGUAGAUGCACUCGACAAACUAAAGGCUAGAAACUCCAACACAUUGAGCAAUAGUAGCAAUGAAGUGUCAGUGACUGCCAAAUGGGAGACAUUCGAUUCUGGAGUAGGAAGCGUCAGUACCCCAGUCUCAAUACAAUCUGCAACUAAAGUAACUCAGGACUGGGAGCUGUUUGACUAGCCGUGAGUUCCAACGUCAGGUUGGUUUUGUAGAAAUUGACAAUUGGAACAUGUAUAUUCUGCUAUUUUUAUCAUUAUAACUGAAAGCAUAUUCUGCUAUAUUUUGAUCACCGAGUCGUUUUUAGACACAAACUGGGGGGGAGGACUGCUUUAAACUGCUGCUGCCAUGUAUUCUCUACACUUUUUUGUUGUAUAAGAUAGUUUUGAGUUGCGUGUCCUUUUCA